CUGGCCUUGUCCAAGCAAUGGGCCAGCGUCAAGCCUGUCACCGAAGCACCCACGAUGAUCACCCGGAAGGAAGAUGAUUCUGUCAUGAUUGCGGAGGCGUGGAGCUGACCGAGUCUUGGAUAUUGGACAAAAUACUUGGGAGCGACGAGGGGGAAAUGCUUCUUUAGUAUGUCGAGGCUGAAGUAGGACAAACAAGCUCUUAACUAGGCUAUUAGGUGAUAGGCAUCUCGGACUAAAACAAGGUCGUCCCCGUGCUAUUCAAAAUCCGACAUACGUCCAUUCUCUUAUUUUUGUGUUUCUCUGUUUAUCUUUCUUGUCCUAAGGAUUACACAAUGCUCAGCAGAAUCAACGCUCACUUGCCUACUGGUGCCAAUCUAUACACGCGCGGCAUCCUCCGGAUAUACGAUUUUAUCGCCCACACCGUCAAUGGCAACUACUUAUGGAAAUGUCCGACAAAGCCCGUAUUGAUUCCAUUCUUCCAUGCCAACGCAGGCCCCAGACAUAUGGACGUGGGCGUGGGUACAGGAUAUUUCCCAUAUAACCGUCAUAAUCAGGGUAACAGGUGGCCGCAACAAUUAACCCUAGUCAACAUCAACGAAAACUGCCUCGAGAGUGCUUCCAAGCGCGUUGGGCUACCUGAUCGAACCAAUUCUAUCGUGGCCAACGUGUUAGGCAAUUCGUUGACUCUACCCGGCGUCGACCACAGACAGUUCGAUUCGAUCUCUCUCAUGCACGUGCUUCAUUUUCUUCCCUGCUCGCCUACAGAGAAGGGCCGGAUCUUCUCCAACCUGAGACCGUAUUUGUCGAGUCAAGGCACGCUCUUUGGCACUACUAUAUUGGGGCGCGGUACCGGCCAGCAUUGGUUGAGCCGGUUGUAUAUGGAGUUGUAUAACUGGGCUGGUGUGUUUCGUAACAAGGAAGAUGGAAAGGAAGAUUUUCUUCGUGCGCUGGAGAAAGAGUUUGAGGAGGUUGGAUGCCGUGUUGUGGGGUGUGUUUUGAUCUUUCAGGCGCGGAAGCCCAAAGCAGAGAAGAAGUGAUUGUUUUGAUGAAAGAUGAAAGGAAUUUGGGUUUCAACAAUUAAAGACCUAUGAAUAUCUCCUAAGCUUCUCUCACAGUGUUGAAACAAGUUAUCCAGAGGUGACUUGAUGUGCUAUUCUUACAUCUUUGUGGAUAUUGAAAG